AAGCCCUUAUAUUGAGCCAAAUUUAAACAAUAGCUUCAUAUCCUGGGUUGUUAUCCUGGAUAUCCAAGUGGUAUCCUGGUUCAAAUGUAACAGGAAACUGUAUUUCACUCUAGACUUGCUGGUUUGUUUGUUCACCUGUAUGAAAAGAGAUGUAAACCGACAGUGUGUGGAGCCAUGAGGCUCAUUCAUAGUUCAUUUUAUUAAACUGAAGUACAACUGUACAAAUAUAGCCAGUGGGUGGAUUUUUAAAAGUGAGCAUAAUUUUAUCAUUCAGACAGAAUUCACAUUAUUAGUAAAGUUAAUUAAGAAGGAACAGGGGGGGAAAGCUCUCACUGCUUGUUUUGCUGAAUGGCUGCAGCCAUUUAAUUAACAGCCAAGUAGUAGAAACAAAUAUCCUGCCUGCUCACAGUUCACUGGUGAUAGUUUGGAAUACUAUACAUAAUAUAAAGAGAUUAUCCUAUAUAAUCCCAGUUAGAGAUGACUCAACUAUUCAAUUGAAUAUGUGUGAGUAAUUGAAUUGAUUUUAUGAUCAUGUAUCUAUAGUGGCUCCUGAAAAUGACUCCCCAGAAAAUCUAGUUGGUAACCAAAAUUUUGUUUCUUAGUUUUUAGAUUUCUCUUUGUCAGCUGGAAGCCAUUAAGAUGAUACAGCCAUCAGACCUCUUCAUUCAGAUCCAGAAACUAAAAUACCCAUGUAGGCUUAGCAAUGCUCUUCCAACAUGAUCUACUGGCCGAAGCCCUCUUCUGCUAUGAGGGAACACUGCACCAUCGCUAGCAGAGCUGAAGAAAACAAGGAAACAUACACCUAGGAUGAUUAUCAACAUGAGCCAGCUGCAUCCGUCUCCCGGGAUGCUUCUUAUCAGCCAGCCCUAGUUGUGGGGCGGUGGAGUGGUGACACCAGUUGCCCUGUUGGAUAUAACAGAAGCUGCAAGAUGUUAUUUCUUUGCUACCUUCACUGCCUCUGAAUUUAAUUGACUAGUGGCAUGCACUAGUCUUGGGCCACAUCCACUGGGAGUUUUUCUCCGUCUGCACACAAGCUGCCCUCUGUUUUGCUUUGCUGUUUUUAGCCCUGGGGUAUGCCACCGAGCUUUAUGAACUCUGCUCUGGAGAGGGCACUCUGGAGCAAUUGUAUCAACCACCCUGGUCAUAUCUACAUUGCGCAGUUCAGCCAGAGUUUUGACAGCCAUAUCAACCAGAAACCUCUAUAUGCAGCUCAGCUCAGCUGUUCAAGGUUGUCCAGGCUGGCACUUCGACUGCACUGUUACAGCAAGUGAAUCAGCUGAACUAUCCAGAAUACAGGCUUGUCUAUUUUUCCUGGAUGAGUUUCAGAUGGAAUGGCUUGAGGACACUGACAAGUGCUUCGACAGGUUCAUGCAAACACUUCCAUAUUGGAUCUUUUCUCCUCUUGGUUACAAAAACUGGCAGGGAUGGAACAGCUGGCUGGAGCAGGAAGGUGAUUGAUAUCUUUUUGCAAGAAGGAGUAGUCCUAGCCUACAUGAAAGAGACAAAGGUUAGAUUUCUAUCUGGAAUUCACUCAAAUAAUUUCUUGUUUUGGAUUUCAUCAGAUGCCACCUUCGUACUGAAGCAUUUUCUUGUCAUGAAAUUCAACCCUUCAUUCAAGAUGGCUUCCAAGAGACUCAUAAAGAUGUGUUUUUUCGCCAUGGCUUUAAUCUCUGCUUUUUUCUGUUUGGUUAUCACAUUAACAUCUUUUGAAAAAUGCAUAUUAUGUGAUGUAAAAAAUGAGGUUGUUUCCUUCAAAAGGGACAAUGGGAAUUUUUUGGAGCUGCCCAAUAUAGAUUGUGGAAGGAACCCCCCAUUCCUGGUUGUUCUUGUAACGUCAUCUUAUACACAGUCAAGAGCCCGGAUGGCUAUCCGAGAGACAUGGGGCAAAGCAAAAUUAAUAGCCAACAAACGUGUUGUGACCUAUUUUCUCCUGGGAACUACUUUGAAUCAUGGCAACCAGAUCGCUGUUACUGCUGAGAGCCUGAAAUAUGGAGAUAUUAUCCAGAAAGAUUUUACAGAUACCUAUUACAACUUAACAUUGAAGACUAUGAUGGGCAUUGAAUGGAUUCACAAAUUCUGUCCACAGUCCAGCUUUGUGAUGAAAACAGACUCAGAUGUGUUUGUUAAUACCUAUUAUCUGAUUGAACUUCUUCUAAAGAAAAACAAGACUACCAGAUUCUUCACUGGCUUUUUAAAACUGAAGGAGCGGCCAAUUCGGCAAGUGGGCAGUAAGUGGUAUGUGAGUAAGGAGGAAUAUCCAGGAAACACAUAUCCACCUUUUUGUUCAGGGACUGGUUAUGUGUUCUCAACAGAUGUUGCUACUCAGGUGUAUAAUAUUUCUGAAAGUGUGCCCUUUAUUAAAUUGGAGGAUGUUUUCAUAGGCCUGUGCCUUGCUGAGCUCAACAUCCAACUAGAUGAACUUCAUUCAGAGCAAACAUUCUUCCCACAGAGAGUCGAAUUUUCUCCUUGCCGUUUUAAGAAAAUUGCGACAAGCCAUUUUGUCAGACCUCAUGAGCUAUUCAUCUACUGGACUGCACUGGAGAGGUUCAUGGAUGAAAAAUGCCCCAGUGGCUGGUGGUAGGCUUGAAAUCUAAAAUAUUCUAAACAAUAAUAUUUAAUAGAGGUUUAAUAAUGAUGCUACUAAGGUCUUGAAUACUGAAAUUCUUUCUUCAGUAUGGAUUUCAAAAUUCAUUUAGUUAAAGGAAUGCUGGUAGCACUUUUUAUCGUCUGAUCCUCUGCAUGUUUACUUAGAAAUAAGUCCAACUGUUACUACCAAUUGAAUUAAAUGGGACUUGAAUUGUGACUUAAAUUGAUUUCAGCAGGAGUACAGUAACCAUCCCCAACCUGGGCCCAAUUCCUCAGCUAGUAGGCCCAUUAUGCAUGCCUGUUGGCGGUGAUAGGGAGCUGUGGACCAGCACACCUGGAGGUUGGAGAUGGGUGGUUUACUUUAAGUAUGAUUAAAUCUUGGCUCGAUCUAUAAUGUACUGUCAUAAAGGUAAGAUAUGCACAGGACUACUUCAUAAUGCUAGUUACCUGAUGGGUGGACAACUAGUGGCCCUCCAAAUGUUUUGGCCUACAACUCCCAUCAACGCAGGCCAGCAUGGCCUGUUGAGGAUUGAUGGCUAUUACAGAUAAAAUAUUUGAAAGGCCACAAGUUGCUUACCCCAGACUUAGAUUCCAUUCAUUUCAAAGUGCCUACUCUAAGGAGGACUAACAUUAGAGACGAGCCAGGUUUAUCUACUGUUCACUUGGGAAAAAAACAAGUUGCAUGAAAAUUGUGUCAACUGAAUCAGUGUCCUUGAUAUCAGGUGUAGGCUGACAGAUGUUCUGAAGGAGGAUGGAUGUCCAUCCAGUGUCAGCUGAACCACCCCCACCAAUCCAGGCACAUCCGCAGCUUCAUUCCACACAGGAUUCACUGUGGUUCACAACACAGGAAGCACAAACUGGAUCCCAGGGCAUGCUAAGGAAUCUAACCUGGUGGGGUUGCACCAGCAUUCUGUAAACCAGCCCUCCCAAGCUGGGGCCCUCCAACUGUGCUAGACUUCAAUUCCUGGAAUCACCCAGUACAUCUGGAAAGGCAGGCAGGUUGGGAAAGGCUUCUGCAGAUAAAUCCCAAACCUACUCUAGUUGAUCCCAUUACAGUCCACAAGAACUGAACCCUGCUUGCUAGAUACACCUUCAAUUCUUGCAGUCUGACAAGGUGGGUAAGCAGUAACAGCGUUUCAGGCGCUGCCCUCUGAAAGUAGCUCCCUGUGAGCCCAGAUAAACCACUCCUAAAAGUCAGAGGAAUGCUGAGAAUAGUCUUGGAGGCAGUAUAGCAAACUGCAAGCAGACAAAACCUGUUGAUGCCUCACUGUGGAUGAGGAAUUGGCUUUUUUAAUCCCAUCCCUAAAUUACUGUUGUAUGGGUACAAGCUUGCAAUUUCCCAGUUUGGUUCCAGAAAUUAUAGUACCUUCAGUAACUCUGGGCAUGACCCAGCCAAGUUAAUCACAGUCAAGCCCCAUGCAUUUUAACUAGAGAGAUUAACAGCAUAAUCCUACAUAUCUCUACUCAAUGUUAAGUCCCACUGAAUUCAUUAAGGUUUCCAAGGGAAACUGGUAUAGGUUUGUUCCCUAAAAUUGUAUCCUUAACUUUCUUGUUAAAAUCAAAGUGCUGUAACAUGCCUAAUAAUUUUUUCACAAAUAUUAGCUAUGAACAGGCAUUCCUGUAUUAUUUUUAAUUGAUACCUGGUUUAAUUAAUGGCUGGUGAAAUCAAUACAAAAUAUCAGAACUUUCUGUAAAUUAUCAAGGAUAACUUGAAAAAAGGAGAUGGUCAUUUUGGAUUAAAAUACGUAUUUGAUUACAUUGUAGUAGCAAUUCAGAAUGGUACAAAUAAAGAUGUUGGUUUGAAACUGUG